AUCUUGGACUUCAUUUUUUUUUACUUUUCAGUUAAAAGAAGAAAAAAUAUGAGGAAAAUAGUAAAUUCCACUAAAGGAAUCAGAAAGUCUUUCUUUCUAGGGCUUUCUUCUUCAAGAGAUCGAAAAACUUCACACAGCACCACAGAGAGAGAGACAGAGCACAUAACAUUCUCCAUUAAUCUUCUUCCUCAAGAGAUGUCUUCAGCUCCAACUGCAUCGAACACCACCGACAACUCUCAGCAAAGACCACCCCGGCAACGAAACGGACCGCCUCCGCCGCGGCGACAGGGGAGAAACCCGCCGCCUCAGACGCGUGCUCGGUAUCAGCAGACGACUCAGGGCUUGCAGGAGAAGAAGAAGCCUGUGUUCGUCAAGGUGGAUCAGCUCAAACCAGGCACGAGCGGUCACACCUUGACUGUUAAAGUCGUCGAUCAGAAUCCCGUUACUCAGAAGCCAGGCGCUGCUUCUUCUCACCUCCGACCUGUUAGGAUCGCUGAGUGCCUUGUCGGAGACGAGACUGCUUCCAUCCUCUUCACCGCUCGCAACGAUCAAGUGGACUUGAUGAAGCCAGGAACUACUGUGAAUCUCCGGAAUGCGAAGAUAGAUAUGUUCAAGGGAUCAAUGAGGCUUGCUGUUGACAAAUGGGGUCGCAUUGAGGUCACUGAACCGGCUGACAUAACCGUUAAAGAAGAUAACAACUUGUCUCUUGUGGAGUACGAGCUAGUUAAUGUUGAGUAGUGGGUAUCAAGCGCCACAAGAGUUUUUGGUCAAAUGAACAAGGGUGGGAAGCUUAUGUUUUAUCUUAUGUUGUUGCAAGUUUGCUAUCUAUCCACGAGUAGGCUAUUAUGAUGAUCUCGUUGUUUUGGUGCAUGAUCUAUGAUCAGUACAUGUACCCGUAACUCUUCUCUCUGCUUAUGUUUGGUCCUUGAGGCUUGAACAGAGAGGUUAAUGUAAAAGAAUUUGGUAAAGAGCUUCGUGCGUACAA